UUUUAGUUAGAAAUGUCGAAAAUUAUUAGUUUAAUUCCUGUAUUAGUGUUGUUUGUAUCGGUAAUUGUAUUACAAUCAGUGGCCAAUGGUAUAGGACCGGGAGCACCGGGCGCUGCUGGAGGUCCGGGUGCAGCAGGCCGAUCUGGCCAGGCAGGCGGACCCAGACAACCGGGUACGGAUGGCGAAGCAGGCGGUAAUGGAGUUGAUGGCGGACCCGGUGGUUACGGUUGUCCGGGAGGAGCGGGCGGUGCUGGCGGUACGGGCGGUGCUGGCGGACCGGGCGGUGCUGGCGGUACAGGCGGAUCGCCGCCUGGCGGACAGGGUGGAUUGGGUGGUAGGGGCGGACUGGGCGGGAGAGGUGGCAGCGGUGCACCCGGUUGUGUGGCAGGAGUGGACGGUGCCGCUGGUUUGGCGGGUGCAGCCGGUCCUCAUGGAGCUACAGGGCCUCCUUAAAUGUGAUUUAGUAAUUUUAGUAAUUUUUUAUAUGAUAUUAAACUUAAAAAUAAUAUUAUUUUAAUUUUUAAAAAUUUAUUUU